ACGAGAAGGAAAUUGCCUUUUUUUUAUUUAUCGAUGUGUGGAUGUUAUUUAUUUUUCCAAAUAUCGAAAUAAAUUAGCCUGCAGCAUUUGAUACCUCGUAUUUUUACACGAGACGUCCAGGUGUAAAAAUGAGUGGCUCAAGCAUAGAGAACGACGCUGGAAACGAUUUCUACGUACAUGAUCAAGAACAUGAUGGUUCAUCUGAUUACGACUAUUACGACAAUCGAGCAUUUCAGAGAGAAACCUUCGAAUACGAUUCUGGAUAUGGACAAGCUAUUACUAUGGGAAUCAUAUCCAUAGUGGGACUUAUAUUCAAUGCAAUAGUAAUUCUGGUGAUUUGUGCUCUUCAAGAUUACAAAAAGACGUCGCAUUGGUAUGUUUUGAAUCUAGCCAUUGCUGACAGUAUGUUUCUGUUAAUGCUACCGCUAGAUAUGGCGUCAGUCCUCACGAAAAAAUGGAGCUUCGGUCUUCCUCUUUGCAUCGCAUAUAAUGUUGCUUUCUAUGUCAACUAUUACGCAGGAAUUUUCUUUUUGAUGGUAAUGAGUAUCGACAGAUAUGCUGCAAUAAUCCAUCCCAUGUCAUGCAGAUGGAGAAAACUGAGAAGCGGUAAAGUCUGUUGGUUUCUGACAAUAUCUGUUUGGGUUCUUUCUGUAUUGGUUGCUUUGCCUAUUUUGAUACGAUUGAAAAUUGUAGAAGAAUCUUGCGUUCCUGAUUUUUAUACCGGAACGAAGGAAGAUAAAUGCGUUGCAGUAAAUUGGAAACUCGAACAUUGUGAUUCAUUUCAUGAGAUAAAGGUACAAAAUUUGUCGAAUGGCCCCCACCACUAUUUGGACAAGAUGCUCGAUGAAAUGACAAGGAUCAAAGAUGGAAAUACUUGUUACCACGAUGCCCCAUAUCCAUACUUUACAAAUUGGAUCUACUGCAACGUUUUUCUGACAUUUUUUGCUCCUAUAGCCAUAAUGGUUGCCUGUUAUGGCUGCAUCCUAUGGCGGGUACUACAUCCUAGAAUUUCAUCAACAGAUUUUGUAAGCACUAGAGUAAGUGCUAAAUCUUUUCUUCGACGAAACAGCUCUUCCAAAAUGAAUAGCAUAAAAAGAAGAACUAACAUCAGGGUAACCGUUCUUGUGGUAUCCCUCGUUGCUACUUUUAUCGCUUGUUGGGCUCCAUUCAACGUCAAUCUUGUAGCUAAAAUAGGAGGAAUGUCUUACAUUACUAGACGUCAAUGUGAAAUCCUUGAUGUCGUAGUGAAUUUGAUCGCUUAUUCGAACAGUUUAUGGAACCCUGUUCUUUAUACAUUUUUGGGCGCGAAUUUUCACAAACGUGUGGGUCGCGUGUGGAAGAGCAUUCAAGCCAGAAAUGCGGCAACUAAAGAAAUUUUUGCAUCGUUCAAAAAGACAAAGAGAGGAAACUACACAGGCUCUCGUUGUUCAGCGGCAUCCAAAAUAACAAAGACGACGGACUCGGUGGUGUCAGGAGCAACAUCAAAUAUCAACGUCCACGUCUUAUCAGCACCUUGCAAAGAUGACAAUAGGUACAGCACGACGGGAUUGAAGACAUGAAAAAGCACUUAAAUCCUAAUAGCAUAAUUACCUAUUAUCUUUGUUUAGUUCGAGACUGUAGAUUAACUAUGGCGCGACAACGUCAUGCCUGUACCGAAUUGUACUAUGCGUAACUCAAACAUUACUGCAGAAAAUUAUGGUUAUAAAUAACAACAUAUUAUCAACUCAAGAAAACUGAUGGAAUGUUUUUGAUAAAACCUAGACUAUGCGUUGCAAGGAACAUAGAAAUGAAAUUUCAUGGCAACAAAACUAUUUGCAAUUACGCAGAAAAUAUCUUGAUUUUUUUUACUUUGAAUGAAGCAAAAACUUUAUGGUUUUCAUUUGAGUAGAAUAGAGAGAAAGUUGGGCGCUCGAGUAGUAUGUGCACCAAGAUGUCGCACAACCUGAAUCCGUACGGUACACCCAUACUAUGUUCAGGUUGUGCGCCAUCUUGGUGCACAUACUUCUGGAACUCCGAAAGUCGAAUGUAUUUUUUUUUUUUUUGCAAUAAAUAAAAGGCAC